GGACGUCAUGCAGGAGAACUAUGAGAAUGUGACCUCGCUAGGGUUCCCAGUUUUCAACUCUGAAGUGAUGUCCCAGCUGGAACCAAGCGAAGAGCUGUGGGUCUCAGAUCUCCAGGUCUCAGAGGAAAAAGAGAUCCUGAGAGAAACCUGCCCAGGAGAUGAUGGGAUGGUGAAUGAGAACAAGGAGCAGAAUCCACAGCAGGAAGAUGUUGAGCACAUGGAACUCCAAGGGGGCUUACCACAAGGAACCCAAGGAAACAUGUCCAGGAGCUGUGAAGAGAGGCAGCAGGGAAACAAAUCAGGGGAGAAAGUGGGUAAAUCCAUCAGUUGUGAGGAAAAUCUCAAGGACCUCAAGGAAACCACAGCCCAGCAGAGAAUCCUCAAGGGAGAGAGACAAAACAUGUGCCCUGAGUGUGGGAAAACCUUCCCUUGGCUCUCUCACCUUAUUAGACACCAGAGAAUCCACACAGGCGAGAGACCCUAUGAGUGCUGUGAGUGCAGCAAGACCUUCUCUUGGCACUCACAGCUUAUUGUACAUCAGAGAAUCCACACAGGAGAGCGACCCUAUAAGUGCUGUGAGUGUGGGAAAACCUUCACUCGGCGCUCACACCUUAAUGUACAUCAGAGAAUCCACACAGGAAAAAGACCCUAUGAAUGCUGCAAGUGCAGGAAAAACUAUAUUCAGAGAUCAGACCUUAUCAGACAUCAUAGAACCCACACAGGAGAGAGACCCUAUGAAUGCUGCGAGUGCAGGAAAACCUUCCCUCGGCGCUCACACCUUAUCAGACAUCAGAAAACCCACAAAGGUGCGAGCCCCUAUGAAUGCUGGUUUCCAGUUUCCAAACCUGAGGUGAUAUCCCAGCUGGAACCAGGGGAAGAACUGUGGGUCUCAGAUCUCCAGGGCUCAGAGGAAAGAGAGAUCCUGAGAAGAACCUGCACAGGAGACGAUGGGGUAGUGAGUGAGAACAAGGAGGAGAAUCCAGAGAAGGAAGAUGCUGAGCAUGUGGAACUGUGCGGGGGAUUAUCACGAAGAACUAAAGGAAACGUGUCCUGGAGUCAUGAGGGGAUGCAGCAGGGAAACCAGCCAGGGGAGAAAGUGGGCAAAUCUAUCAGUGGUGAAGAAAACGAUCUCAAGGAAGCCGCUGCCCAGCAGAGAAUCCUCAAAGGAGAGAGAAAAAACAUAUGCUCUGAAUGUGGGAAAACUUUCCUUAGGCACUCACACCUUAUUAUACAUGAGAGAAUCCACACAGGCGAGAGACCUUAUGAAUGCUGUGAAUGCCAGAAAAGCUUCACGCGACGCUCAACCCUUAUUAGCCAUCAGAGAACCCACACGGGUGCAAGACCUUAUGAAUGCUGUGAGUGCGGGAAAACUGUCACUCGGCACUCAGACCUUAUCAGACAUCAGAGAAUCCACAUAGACGCGAGCCCCAGUGAAUGCUGUGAUGGGAUUGUGAGUGGGAACAUGGAGCAGAAUCCACAGCAAGAAAAUGCUGAGCACGUGGGACUGUGCGGGGGAUUAUCACCAGGAACUAAAGGGAACAUGUCCAGGAGUCGUGAGGAGAGGCAGCAGGGAAACCACCCAGGAGAGAAAGUGGGUAUAUCCAUUAGUUGUGAGGAAAAUCACAUGUGCCUCAAGGAAACCACUGCCCAGCACAGAAUCUUCAAGGGAGAGAGAGAAAACAUGUGCUCUGAAUGUGGGAAGACCUUCCAUCGCCGCUUAAACCUUAUUUUACAUGAGAGAAUCCACACAGGAGAGAGACCAUAUAAAUGCUAUGAAUGCGGGAAAACCUUCACUCGAUGCCCAAACCUCAUUAGACAUCAGAGAAUCCAUACAGGUGCAAACCUCAGUGAAAGCGCAGGGCUUCCAGUCUCCAAACCUGAGGUGAUGUCCCAGCUGGAACCAGGGGAAGAGUUGUGGGUCUCAGAUCUCCAGGGCUUGGGGGAAAAAGAGAUCCUGACAGGAACCUGCACAGGUGAUCGGAUGGUGAGUGAGAACAAAGAGCAGAAUCCACAGCAGGAAGAUGAGGAGCACAUUGAACUGCACAGGUUAUUAUCACAAGGAAUUAAACAAAACGUGUCCCAACCAGGGGAGAAAGUGAGUAAAUCCAUCAGUUGUGAGGAAAAUCACAAGGACCUCAAGGAAACCACAGCCCAGCAGGGAAUCCUUAUGGGAGAGAGAAAAAGCCUAUGCCCUGAGUGUGGUAAAACCUUCCCUCGACGCUCACACCUUAUUUUACAUCAGAAAAUCCACACAAGAGAGACAGCCUAUGAAUGCCGUGAGUGCGGGAAAACCUUCACUCGGCGCUCAGACCUUAUCAGACAUCAGAGAACCCACACAAACCCUAACCCCUAUGAAUGCUGCCAGUGUGGGAAAAUCUUCCCUUGGCACUCACAGCUUAUUGUACAUCAAAGAAUCCACACAGGAGAGAGACCCUAUGUGUGCUGUGAGUGCGGGAAAGCCUUCACGCGACGUUCACAUCUUAUUAGACAUCAGAGAACCCACACUCAAGAGCGACCCUUUGAAUGCUGUGAAUGCGGGAAAACCUUCUCUCAGAGCUCAACCCUGAUUAGACAUCAGAGAACCCAUGUUUGUGAGAGGCCCUAGGAAUGCUGUGAGUAUAGAAAAAACUUUUCUGUUCAAUCAGCCCUUAUUAAUCGUCAGAAAUUCCAGAAAGGACAGAGACCCUGUGAAUGUUGUGUGUGGGAAAAUUUUCAUUUACUACUCAGACCUUAGGAGAUAAUAAAUGGUCCACACAGGAUUGACACCUUAUAUAUGUUCUGAGAGUGGGAAAAAAGCUUCUAUCAGAGGUUAUGCAUUAUUUAUCUUCAGUGAAGCCACAAAGGAGAUAAACACCAUAAAUAUCUUGUCUAGGGCUAACAAGAAAAUGUAUUUUCCCUUUAAAAUUUUUGGUAUUUAGCCUGUUAGCGCCAUUUACUUCAUUGUGGUCCCUCUGCUCCCCCAGGUGAGUUGUCCAGUUUUGCUUUUUGCAGAUUGCGCUUCUUUGGGUGAAUCCCCAAAGACCCUUUCUAUCAUCUGUUUUGUUCUAUGAGUCACGGGAGUAUGAGUCCCUCUUAUUAGGAAUGCACAUCAGCUCCAGGUUGGUGAAAUACAAAUGAAGUCAGUUAGUCGGAUUGUGGUAAAUUCUACCUGGGCCUUUUCUCCAUUAGCAUGUUUUUGUAGUUAGCUAGCUCCAGUGAGCUAUCCAGAUGUAAAAUCACAGCUAUGUUUUCUAUACUGACACGGCCCAAGUAUAUUAGUCUGCGUUAGCCAGUAUAUUUUCCCUUAGCCUGUCCUAAUGUACUCCACAUUUCCUAGUCUAGACAAACCAUUAUCAUGAUGCUAAAACUUUUGCAAAUAAUGCAACUCAAUAAUAAUGAGAUGGCAGUGAGUGAAGCAGGUUUCAGUGGCUCAGAGGACAAUGCAAUGGGAAAAUCUGUGGUCCUGAUUCUGAGUCAUCAGAUGAAACCUGCUAUAGAAUCUCAUUCUAUCUGAAAUGAAAAAUGUCUUGUACCUCUGGUAGAUUUUUCUCUUUCCUGAAAGCUGUUUGGUCACACAACUGGAUAUUAGUUUUCUCUGGCAGAUUUAUUGGAGACUUUGAGACAAAUUCCCAUUUGCUUCAAUGGUAAUUUCUUCCCUUAUUUUUUGUUUUUCCCCACCUCUCCGUGAAGAAAUGGUUAAAUUCAAAUUCAAUUCAGUCAACUGGAGAGAAUAUUCACAGUUAUGGGAUGUGCUAUCAAGGAAAUUAUUGCUCACAUUAAUCUUGCAAGGACUCUUCUCCUUGAUGUUUUAAAUCAAGGUUUUUAGUGGUUUUAAGAUAUACUCAUUCCAGAUUCAUCUGACUAUCUAGUAGACAACUGCACCUUGGCAACUAAACAUCAAUCUAAUUACAUUGUUGCAACCCCCUGAUAUAGUUACACCAAUGGAAAUAUUCACAUAACCUUGAAUACUGCUAGGCUGACAUUUAAUCUCAGAAACCCAAACAUCCUUGCCCGACUCCUUCCCCAAGGCCAUGCACCUGCCCCACCUCUUCUCUGAGUCCCCUUCCCCCCACUCACUCCAUCCCCCUUCCUCCGUUGCUCACUCUCCACCACCCUCAUUCACUCUCAUGGGGAAGGGGUGUGGUCUCUGGGCUGAGAGUUGGGGCCUAGGGGUUCGGAGUG